AUGGAGUUGAAUGGAGAAAGCAGAAAGAGAAAAAGACUAACAGCUGGUGAUAAGGUAGUUAUUGCACAAUACUAUCUGGAUCAUCAAAAUGAAGGUCUUUCAUAUGAAGAUAUAGCCUACAAGUUCAAUGUAUCAAAGUCAAGUGUUGGCGAAUGGGUAAAAGACAUUCAUCAAUUGAAAAGGGGAGAUCAAGGUUUAGAGAAAAGAAAGCCUAUGCAUAUUAUUAGCUCUCAUAAUUUUUUAAUGCCUUUGCGUUUAAAUGAAUUCUAUCUGACUCUCCCAAUCUUUAUUUUGUAA